UCCACUCAACAGCUUCCUAGAAACCGAUCAAAGUACCCCCCAGUCAGUGCACUCUGAGGGUUGGUCUCAUUGCCACCGUUUACUGCCGUUGCUUCUCCAGCCAACAUCUGUAGAGGGUGAAAGAGGAGACGGCUUUGCAGCUCCAAAUAUCUCUCCUUGGAACUAGAGGGAUGGCUCAGUUGCUUAAGAACUUGCUGAAGAAGAAUGAAGUCUUCAGAUCCCCAGAGCUCAUAUAGAAAGCCAGGCACAACAACAUGCAUCUAUAAUCCUAGCACAGGAAAGGAAGAGAAGGGGAGUCAAUGGAGCACAUUGCUGAAUUGAUGAACUUCCUUAUACAUCUUGUUUCAAAAAACGAGGUCUGAGAGCUGGAGAAAUGGAUCAGUGGAUAAAGAACCUACAAAUGCAAGCACGAGGACCAGAGGUCAUGUUCCCAGAAUUCACAAAGCAGGCACUUAAUCCUAGCAUGCCAAUAGAAAAGUGAGACGUGGGGACAAGCGAAACCCUUGAAGCUCACAAGGCUAGCCCAGCAGAUGCCACGGGAAGAAGCCAGAAACCCUGACUCAAACGAGGUCUCUGGGCUCCACAGGUACUUGUGAGCAUGUGCAUACACGUCCGCACUGUGCCCACAUGUACACUCACACCCAUGAAAAGAAAGAAGGAUAGCUGCCACGAUGCUCCAUUUGCGAGGUUCACAGAUGCUGCAGACAUUGGAGAAUUCCUUGAGGAAAUGCCUUCCUGAGUCCUUAAAGGUUUAUGGGACUGUCUUCCACAUGAACCAAGGAAACCCAUUCAAUCUCAAGGCUCUGGUGGACAAGUGGCCUGACUUUAAUACAGUUCUUAUCCGUCCUCAGGAGCAGGAGAUGACAGACGACCUUGAUCCCCACACCAACACUUACCAGAUCUAUUCUAAGGACCCUAGGAACUGUUUGGAAUGUAUUGGCAAACCAGAUGCCAUCAACUGGAAGCAACAUCUACAUAUCCAAAGUUCACAGUCCAACCUCCAUGAAGUAAUAAUGGGUCUUGCAGCUGCCAAGCUGGUCAAGGUCAAGAGAACACAGUGUGUUCUCUAUAUGAUUCCCCAGACAGCAAAGAAACUGGUUCCUUUCCUGAUGGCGGGCACAGAGAAGUUAGAUCAUAAGUCUGGCAGACCCCGUGCCAUCAAUGAAGAGAUGUUUAAACUCUCAUCACUAGAUGUUGCCCAUGCUGCCUUGGUGGAUAAAUUCUGGCAGUUUGGAGGCAAUGAGAAGAGCCAGAGAUUCAUUGGGCGCUGUAUCCAGAUCUUUCCUAGCUUAUGUCUCCUGGGACCUGAAGGGACUCCUGUGUCCUGGGCUCUGAUGGACCAAACUGGAGAAAUCCGAAUGGCAGGCACUGUUCCCGAUUACCGGGCACAAGGUCUGAUCUCGCACAUCAUUUAUUCGCAGUCGCUGGUUAUGCAUGAACGUGGCUAUCCUGUGUAUAAUCACACAGAAAGAGCCAACAAGCUCAUGCAGAAAAUGAGUCACACUCUGCAUCAUGUCCCCAUGCCCUGUAACUGGAAUCAGUGGAACUGUGAACCUCUGAACCCUGAUGUUGAACGCAAGGUUGUGUUGGGUACACCAUAAUAAAAGCUUGAGGAAUAGAUGGUGGACAUAGAGAAAAAAAAAUUGUAAUGAGCAAUAUAAGAGUGGGCAUUGCUUGGGAUGUGGGGGAACAGUGUGAAUGGCCAACAUUAUAGCUCAGCCGGUCCCUGCCCUCUUAUUACCUUUCAAAUCCAGCAGACCUAGCAUGGCCAUAUCUGAGCCACAGACUUUGUUUUAUUUUCUAUAUUCUGAAUAUCAGUGACAUGUCUAUUCAGCCACACGUUACUAUCCUCAUGUAGAUUAUUGCCCCUGAUGUUUUGUCAAGAGGUGGUGCUGCCAUGGGAAAAGUGUAUGCUUUUCUCCCUCACUGCUUUGUCUCGGAGCUAGGUUUCUCCUCAUGGACAGGUGCUUUGAAAUGAUUGCUUCACUGGUAGUGCUAUGAUCAUUCUAUAACAACCAUGCUAAGUAUUACACGAAUAAAUAUAUGAUACUAGA